AUGUCAGAAGAUGAAAUCACUGCAGAGUUGGAGGAUCAGGCUGUCACGGCUGUUAAACGCUUUACCGUCAAGAAAGAGAGUGGCAUUCAAAAUACAAAUACAUAUAUGCUGACUUUUGCACGCUCAUCUAUUCCCCAAUCUAUUAAAGCAGGUUAUAACAACAUCGGAGUGGAGGUGUAUGUCCCCAAUCCACUCCGAUGUUUCACUUGUCAACACUUUGGACAUGGUUCAAAAUCAUGUCGUAACUCAGUGGUUUGUUCUCGCUGUGGUGACGAUCAUGAUGGAACCAGUUGUACAAAUGCUGCCAAAUGUGCUAACUGUGGCAAUGACCAUGUCGCCUCAUCCAAGUCCUGCCCUGUGUGGCAGACAGAAUCUAAAAUAAUCAAAAUUAAAUGUGAACAAAACAUUUCCUACAAUGAUGCAAAACAACUUGUAAAAAAACAGUCAACAUCUCCCUCAACUUUGCAUUAUUCUGCAGCUGUUUCCCGUCCUGUCGCUACUUCCUCUAUUCAUUGUCAGACUGAUUUGUCUUGGAUUAUAUCUGAUCAACCAGUUCCAACCAAAUCAGUUACUCCUCCAAAGUCAGUUGAACAUCAGCCUAGUUACUCAAUCACUUACUCUACAGCAGAAACUCAGACCAGUAAUCAGAAUGUGGGUCAAUUUGACCCAGCUGUUACAGCACCAGCCGUUGACAUCGUCCACUCAUCAAAAAAAGGAAAGAAAAAACUGAACAGACAAGCUGCCAGGGUACCCUCUCCACCAGAGGUACCAGUUCACAACUCCUUUGAACCUCUGGACAUGGAGGUAACUCCGUCUUUGGAGACCAGAAGGAGUUCCUCUCCCUCACGUUUGCGUGGGAGAUCACCAAUUGAGCCACCAUGA